CCACUCAUCAGGACGCUGCUCGGCAUCGACGCGGAGUUCGUCGCGCUCGCGCCCGCGGUGACGUCGCUCGACGCGUGCGGGAACGAGGUCGUCGUCCAGGCCGCGCGUCUGGGCCUCGCGCGCGUCAGCGUCGUCCGAGGCGACGCCGCGAUUGAGAGGCGUCUCGUGCCGAUAAUCGACGAUUACAUCCGCGCGGUUGAGCCCGUGCACGACUACCUCACGAGGUUCAGCGGUCUCAUCCCGGGGGAUCUGGACCCGAACACGUCCGGGCACCACAUCACGAAGCUGAAGCACGCGUACUUGAAGCUCAGGUACCUCGUCGACGUCGGGUGCGUGUUCGUCGGGCACGGGCUGAAACAAGACUUCAAGAUGAUCAACAUCACGGUCCCGCCCGCGCAGAUCGUCGACACCGUGGAGCUGUUCCACUUCAAGCGGCAGCGAAAGCUCUCGCUGAGGUUUCUCGCGAGCGUGCUUCUGGACUUGGACAUUCAGGCAACGACGCACGACUCAAUAGAAGACGCGCGGGUCGCGAUCAGGCUGUACGAGAAGUACUUGGACCUGAACGAGAUACCCGGGGCGUUCCAAGCGAAACUGUUGGAGAUUUACCGGCACGGGAAGCAG